AUGCAUGGCACUGAGCACUUUGUGAGCCCCGCGCCUGCUCUUCAUGGGGGCUCGCGCCUCGGAGCUGGCGCAACGCCAGGACCUGUGGGCAGCAGCGUUGGCGCUGCUGAAACGAACGGGGCCCCCAUGGAUACAUCCUUCGAGCCAUCGGGCGCGCGUAAAAACACACCAGAAAGCGGCGCCGGCGCUAGCUCCAGCAGCACCAACACAAACGGAGGCCCGGCGAGCCCCGUGCCAAUGGGCUCCAGUACACGGGCCAGCUUCCGUAGCGUGAUCAAGCGCACCUAUCUGGGCGAGCUGCUUUUUGUGGUCAUUGGCUCCGCCAUCUGCGGCGCGCUGGCGUACUGGACCGUGGGCACGCCGCUGCGGCGCUUCAACCCGUACAGUUUUUACAUCAUGCUGCCGCAGGCCACCGGAGUUCAGUUGGGGACUCCGCUGCGCAUGAAGGGUGUGCCCAUGGGCUCCGUGCUGUCCGCCACACCCAUGCUGGACCGGGUGAAAGUGGAGGUAGAGGUCAAUGAGGCCAAGACCAUCAUCCCACGCAAUGCCAAAUUCGAGCUGACGCAAUCGGGGCUCAUCCCGUCCCCUAGCAUCGACAUCACCACACCGGAGGGGGUGUCAGCAGAGUUCUUGGCCGCCGCCGUUGCGUCCGCUCGUAACGCGAAGGGACGGACCGGUAAGGCAGCUGCUGCUGCCGGAGAGGCAGCGGCGGGGGACGGCGCCGCGGCGACAGCAGCAGCAGCUGCGGCGGCGGCGGGUGCUUCGCCUGUUCGGUCAGGGCGAUCAGCGAAGGUCCGGUUAGCCAACCCCAAGGACAUCGCUGCGUGUCACCUGCAGGGCGUGUUGGUGUGCCAAGGAGACGUGGUGGACGGCCUCCAAGGUGGCAGCAUGGACGAGCUCAUGGCCCACAUGCUCAAGUCGCUGCGGCAGGGCGAAGGCGAGAGCACCGGGAUCGUUCCGGGGAGAGGGCCCCUGCAGGGCUGA